ACAAUGGGAAAGUUCAUGAAAUCCAAUCGAGUUGUACUCAUCCUGAAUGGGCGUUAUGCUGGUCGGAAGGCUGUAAUUGUAAAGAAUUAUGAUGAAGCAACUACUGACAAACCGUAUGGUCAUGCUUUGGUUGUUGGUAUUGACAGAUAUCCUUUGAAGAUCAACAAAAAGAUGGGGAAGAAACGAACAGCUAGGCGAUGCAAAAUCAAGCCAUUCGUAAAAGUUAUCAACUACAAUCACAUCAUGCCCACCAGGUAUUCUGUCGAUGUCCAGAUAGAUAAAGGUGUUGUUAACAAGGACGUGUUAAAGGACGUUGCUCUCAAACGAAAAGCGAGAAACGAAGUUAAAGUGAAAUUUGAAGAAAGGUACAAAGCUGGAAAAAACAAGUGGUUCUUCCAAAAGUUAAGGUUUUAAGAUAAAGUGUGUAACAUUUCUGAUAGAAGAAUUUUCUUUUGGAAGGAAGUUGUUUUUUGUUAAUUUACACGCUUAUUUAAAUAAAGGAUCUUCAAAAUUGA